UUUAAAAAUAUUAUUUUUUCUGUUGCUUUACAAACUUACAAAUAAAUUAUUAGAAUUAUUUAGCCACAAUCAGACAAAAAAUUACCAAAAAUUGAAAAACACUGUUCCUUACGGGAAAAAAUCGUGUGGCACUGUUCACCGAGAGAUUUGAUGAUUCCUAUGGUCCAAUCUACGUAAGCUCAUGUGUAUCUAUUUUGGGCAGACCAAGUUUGGCCGCUGAUGAUAGAUUUAGGCCAAUUGUGACCGUUGAUGUUAAUAUUUAGGCAACAUGUGACCAUUGAUGCUAGCCUGAUCGGUGGGCCCCCUCGAAAAAACAAAAAGAAUACGUUCUCGAUAGUCGAAAUUUAUUUUUCUCUCACUUCCCAAAAACACACAUCCCAAACCUUCUUCCCUUCUCUCCCAUCCCUUCCCAUCUCAAUACCCGAUCCAGAACUUCCCAUCUCCGUAACCUCCAACCGACCAAACGCCGGCCCUUCUCUCCCAUCCCAUCUCAUUCCCCGAUUCACAACUUGCCAUCUCCGUAACCUCCGACCAGACGCCGGCAGGAGAUUGUGGCGACAACGAAUUCCCCAACGCCAAACCCGCAAUCGGACGCAGCCAAACGACACCUGAUUUCCCCUCUCUCUCACCUCCCUGAACCAGCUGAAUGACACGGCAGAGGGACACGGUGGCGACGAAUUUCUUGGCGGCCAGCCAAAUCGGGCGCCCGAAGAAGAAUCUGGAAUAUACAUGGGCGACGACGGCACCUGAGGAUAUCAACUCAAGGAAUGGAGACGACAACAAUGAUUCUGACUCCUCUGAACCGGAAGGGGGAUUUAGCUUUCUCCCGUCUCCCGGUUCGUUCCAUUUAGGGAGUUUCUUCAGUAGACCCUUUGUUGGCUGCCAUUCCAGAUCUGAUCCCAAUUCCCCUUUCCUCCAUCAGAAGCAGACCCAAUCAUUCAAGAAGAACGACCGGAGGCUGACCAAGUUGUUGGUCUGUCGAUUCUCCUUCGAGGUUCGGGAGAAGCAGAAUAGAGAAGAACGAUGGUCAUUGGAUUCUCCUUUCUUCCCAUCUCUUCUCCUCAGCAUGGAGAUUGAUUUACCGAGGCGAAAGUGAACCAUGAGACUGAUUGCAGGACUCCGAGUCGGUCUUUGAAGUGCCACCUUUGCCGGUUUUCGAUGAAUCUCAAGAGUCAACAACCAAUUUUUGCCCUGCAAAUCCACUAAAUUCGCAACGGAUCUUCUGAGCCGAACUUCUGUUGUGGAAAAAUUAGCCCAGCGAAAGACCGGGGUGAGAUGGAAUUCUUUCGAUUUCUUUUCCUCUCUCUGCUCUACCUCAUCCCAAUUCCCUCCGACGCGAUCUAUACUCUGAUUUUCCAAAGGCUCUUGCGAUGGUGGCUGAAUAUCAUUAGAGGAAAAACUUUCCCCAGAAUGCCAACUACAUAUGGUCUCUUAAUUUUGAUGGUGCUUGCUAACAGAGGGAUAUAACGUUGAGAGGCAUAGGAGAAAGAAGGAAAUUUUGGGUUGGUGACAUCUGUUUCCAUUUGAGCUCAAUCUUAUCCCAAGUGUCCAACAUGCAAAUCAUUGGGCUUUGUGUAAAUAAAAGGAAACAUUAUAA